AUGCCGAAGGGUGAAAUGUUGAAGUUGGAGAACGCGCUGGAACGCGGAUUGGAUCGACUUUCUUUGCUUCCCGACCAAAACAACUUCCUUUCUUCAUCUACUCAACCACCCACUCCCCUCUUCCGACGUCACCACUUAAAUUGCUUCUGUUCUGACGAGAAGCAUAUGACUAUUGAGUUUCUGACUCGACCAACAAUCUCCGACUGUUCAUCCCAUCCGUGGUGCCCCCGUUGGCACCUGUGCUCCAACUAUCCGCUCCCUCAUCGCAUCCACACUGCCAAGGGCUACCCCCUUCGAGCUCCGAACGGAUCAUCAGUCAUUAUCUAUGGCUACGAUACUGGAUUGAAAGUAGUCUGGCGAGGCGGGAGACGCUUUGGAGAACUCAAGACUAAAGCUCCGGAAGGGCGAUCGAAAGGCGCCGAAAACCAUGCAGACGACUCGGUUAUGAUCAUUGACUCCGAUGAAGAAAACGAACCUGAGCCAGCAAAGGAGGAACCGAACUUCGAAUUCAGUCUAGAGGAGAGCGAGGUUGACCCCACGGCUCCGUACGAAGAGAUUCUGCGACAGAUUGACAUUCCCCUUGGAAGUCCAGUGCUAGAUUUGGCAGUACCUCGCGUUCUCCCCGAAGAAGCGCGCUCUCCCCUCGAUCCCUUCCCACCCAUUCUUAGGACAACCAUUGUUGUUUCGGUUGUAUGCUCAGACCUUUCGACCAAGGUCGUGACCUUGCCUCUUAUCCCUCCACACCCUGCGCAGACGGACUCUAAGAGCUGGAGUGUUCAAUCAUCCACUGUCAAUGGGACUGUGACCCACCAAGAUAUUCCCCGUGGUGUGUCUCUCACAUUUACCUGCCAUGAAUUUGAGGAGGAACAGGACCAGCGGAAAUCGCGUGGUCGCUUUGGAACUUACGGGAAAUGGGACCUGCUUGUGGCUACCCAUUCCGCCGAGGGAAGUGGUUCUCUCUUGUUGCAUCGUAUCCCUAUACGCGAAAGUGCAGGAUCAUACCGUCUCUUGGAUGAGGAAAUCAUCUCUCAACGACGGCUUCUACCCGCACCCGCGCAAACCAUUUCUUUCAACCCUUCUGCCUGGCCCUCUGUCCGCCACGUCAACCUGCUCGUUGCAUUCCACAGUGGGAGUGUCAAAAUCUACUCUUGCUUCUCUGUCAAGAAAGCCUCAAAACCUACCCGGCGAGCUUCGCUGCCACAGGAGGAGCACGAAAUUAUCGAUACAGAGGGUCGGUGGUUGAUUACCCUUUAUCCCGGAUUUGAGCAAGGUCCUACUGGUAUUCCCCGACGGAAAACAAUUGUUGACGCAGAAUGGGUGCUGGGUGGCCGAGCAGUGAUGGUCCUUCUUGAAGAUGGCGAAUGGGGCAUCUGGGACAUUGAAGGUGCCGGUCCUGGCGCCGCUAAGGGUCCCUUGCACCGACAAGCCAGUAUCCAAGGUGUCACUGGUGGCUCAUUGACUACAUAUGCAGUUUGCGGCCGCAUCAUGACCCCGCCUUCCAACAGCACCUCCGAGGCGGAGCAGCGACCCCGAUUCGCCCCCAUGACUCCUUCGACGAGGCGUGUUCGGGAAGAUGGCUUGCUGAAGGGCUCAACGAGCACAGCCAGCCCGUCACACCGUGGUCAGAUCUCGGUGUUGCAGACAAAUUCCUCGUCGGAUGCUUUGCCCGACGAGUCGAUUCUACUUCGUCACGGCCGUCAAAGCGCGGUAAUCACAAGCUUACUGUCUUUGUGGCGGAAUGCCAUCAAAACUACAGGCACUUUUGAUUCUUCCAAUCGCUGCAGACUGUCCCCCUUCCAAGAUGUAAAUCUGAUGGGACAGAACUUCCAGGCAAUUGGUCACCUACCAGCACCAGCACGCCGUACUCGGGCAGCUGAAAAGCAAACAUUUGAUGUGCUCGUGGCAGCUGAGUACCAGCUCACAAUUCUUGCGCCCAGACUGAAGGAGUCUGAGUACGAAGAACAUCAAAUUGCCGUGAAAAAAGAAGAUACCGACGAAACAGAUCAAAUGAUGCUCCGACGUGGCGAGCUUGAUGUGGAGGGAAUGGGUCGUCUACUCAACGGCAUGGCCAAUGGAACCGGCAAUGCGCCUUUGCGCAUGGGCAGUCCCGUGAAACGCACUCGUACCUUUGUUUAA